AUAUAUAUAUAUAUGCAUUGGUGUAUUUCUUCUCUUUCACUCAAACUCUUCUAUCCCACUUCAAUUGCCAUCACUGCUUUCACUUGUCUUUUGCUUGAUUUUUGGAGGGCCUUCUUCUCUCUGGGUAUUCUAAUCACCCGUAUUGAGCAAUCAGAAUGGGGUCAGGAGUUUGGUUUAAGAAUAUAAUCAACAAAAAGAAAGUGAAGGGAGAUAGAUCACAGAAAGUGAAGAGAUAUUCGGCACCUGCAAACAUAAACGGCUACAAAGAAGAACUCUGCUCGGAGAACGAGUGUGCUGUACUAAGCAACGGUGCUUCUGCGGUCAGGCGUCGACCCUCUAUAGAAGAUGCUGCUGCUAUUACGAUUCAGACUGCGUAUCGGGCUUAUUCGGCGAGAGGAAUAUUCCGUCGAAUGAGAGGAACUGUGAGGCUACAGAAUCUGGUGCAGUGCGAUUCUAUCAAGAAACAAGCGUUGACCACACUGAGUCAUCUCCACUCGUGGAGCAGAACUCAGUCCCAGAUUAGAGAGCGCCGAGUUCAUAUGGUUACUGAAGGCCGUAUUAGGCAGAAGAAACUCGAGAGUCAGUUGAAGCUAGAAGCCAAACUUCAUGACCUCGAGGUGGAGUGGAGUGGUGGCUCCGAAACAUUCGGACAAGCCCUUGCUAAAAUACAUCAAAGAGAAGAAGCUUCCGUGAGAAGGGAACGAGCUAUGGCUUACGCCUUUUCUCAUCAGUGGAGGGCAAAUUCGAACCCGAGUUUUGGAUCGGGAAAUCACGAAAUUAGUAAAGCGAAUUGGGGGUGGAGCUGGAUGGACCGUUGGAUUGCUGCUAGGCCUUGGGAGAGUCGAAUUGCAGCGCAAGAAAGUCCAAAGAAAGCGCAAAUCGGUAAGCCGAUUAAAAAAAUGAUUUCGCCAAAAUGCAAAUCAGCUGCUAAAGUCAAACUAGUCUCUCCUACUGGAAAGAUUGCCGUAAAAGGUCGAAAACUAUCUUACGAAGGAUCUGAGAAAAUAGCUGCUCGCAGAGUCAGCCCCAAAGGUGACGCGAAACAACCUAAGAACGAAAAGGAAGUAUCUACUUGAGCGAUCCGGUUUUCGGAAAAAAGGAUGGAUUAUUGUUUUCAGAUUUGUUAUGUAAUUAAAGCAUGUGAUUAUGUAUUUAUUGUUUGUGGAUAUUAAAUGUUGGUUUUAUUAAUUACUUGAUAUUUGAUAGUAUAUAAUAAAGUGUUUCUCUCA